AGCUAGCAUCAACAGCAGCAGCAGCAGGGGCUAGCUAAUCACAAGCAAUGAACCCGGGGGGGGUGAACUUCAGCGUGUAGUUCACAACUUUACUGAGAAGGGGAAAAAGAUAAACUCAGACAGCAAGCAGCAGCAGCAGCAGUCCACCUUCAGCCAAGAGAAACAAGGAAGUGAAUAGCCGACAAACCUCCAGUUGCUUUUCCGCCGGUCAAAGAAAACGGAGCUCAGAUGUUGACCGUGGAGUUUGCAGAGUGAAUGAAUGUCUCCAGACUGGGACAUGUUAUCUGUCAGGGCCAGACCUCCUCUGUCCUGACAAAGGGAGUUUUACAACCACAGUCCUGACAGUCUACCUCAACAAACGUGGACUUCACUCCCUCUGUUCCACCUCUCAGGAGGAGAUUUUCUACCUCUGCACCCUGCAGGUGCACGUAGCUGUUACCACUGAGCUCAGAAACACCAGCAGACCCUUUACUUUCUCAGAAGGCUUUCAGGUGUCAGUCACAGCAGGGUCGACUGGCUUUCUUCCUGCUAAGCCGCUUCAGGUGACAUCCUAAGCAUCAAUGUCACGCAGUGGUUUGUGAUGUCAGAGUCCUGCAACGGACCAGGACCAGGAGUUGGACUUGCACCAGGAGCAGUGGAAGCGGAAGGACCGGCAGGGCAGGGUCAAAGAGAGGUCCCUAGGUUUUUGGUUGGCUGUGAAGAUGACGAGCAGGACAUGGGCCAAAUGGAGGCAGGCAUGAAGAACGAGAUGUUUCGAGAAGAAGACAUGGAGGAUGAUGACUAUGAGUCGCCACCAGAGCGCCAGAUUCUGGUGGGCAUCUGUGCCAUGGUGAAGAAGUCCAAAUCCAAGCCCAUGACUCAGAUCCUGGAGCGCCUGUGUAAGUUUGACUACAUCAACGUGGUCAUCUUUCCUGAGGAGGUGAUCCUGGAGGAACCUGUGGAGAACUGGCCUCUCUGCGACUGCCUCAUCUCCUUCCACUCUAAAGGUUUCCCUCUGGACAAAGCUGUGGAGUAUGUGAAGCUCAGGAAUCCACUUCUCAUCAAUGACCUCAACAUGCAGUAUUUCAUACAGGACAGGAGGGAAGUGUACCGGAUCCUACUGGAGGAGGGUAUUGACCUGCCUCGUUAUGCCGUGUUGAACCGAGACCCCGACAAUCCUGAAGAGUGUAACCUGGUGGAGUGCGAGGACCAUGUGGAGGUGAACGGGGAGGUGUUCCCUAAACCCUUUGUGGAGAAACCCGUGUGUGCCGAGGACCACAAUGUCUACAUUUACUACCCAACUUCAGCGGGAGGAGGCAGCCAACGACUCUUCAGGAAGAUUGGGAGUCGUAGCAGUGUGUAUUCCCCAGAAAGCAACGUACGAAAGACAGGAUCCUACAUCUACGAGGAGUUCAUGCCGACAGAUGGUACUGAUGUGAAGGUUUACACAGUGGGGCCUGACUACGCCCAUGCAGAGGCUCGGAAAUCUCCUGCCCUGGAUGGAAAAGUAGAGCGAGACAGCGAAGGGAAGGAGAUCCGUUACCCCGUCAUGCUGACCGCCAUGGAGAAGCUUGUGGCCCGCAAAGUCUGCCUGGCCUUCAAGCAAACAGUGUGUGGGUUCGACUUGCUCCGGGCCAACGGUCACUCCUUCGUCUGUGACGUUAACGGCUUCAGCUUUGUCAAAAACUCCAUGAAGUACUACGAUGAUUGUGCCAAAGUCCUGGGGAACAUGGUGAUGAGGGAGUUAGCCCCCCAGUUUCACAUCCCCUGGUCUAUCCCCAUGGAAGCUGAAGACAUCCCCAUCGUCCCAACAACCUCAGGGACCAUGAUGGAGCUGCGCUGUGUUAUUGCCAUCAUCCGCCACGGAGACCGCACACCGAAGCAGAAGAUGAAGAUGGAGGUCCGACAUCCUCUAUUCUUUGAGUUGUUUGAUAAGUACGGAGGCUACAAGUCAGGAAAACUGAAGCUGAAGAAGCCCAAACAGCUCCAGGAAGUGCUGGACAUCGCCCGCCUGCUGCUGGUCGAGCUGGGCCAGCAUACCGACUGUGAAAUCGAGGAGAAGAAAUCGAAACUGGAGCAACUCAAGACUGUCCUGGAGAUGUACGGUCACUUCUCAGGUAUCAACAGGAAAGUUCAGCUGACCUACCUGCGUAACGGCCAACCUAAAGCUUCAAGCGAAGAGGAAGACUCUAAGAAGGACGGGCCGUCUCUGCUGCUUGUGUUGAAGUGGGGGGGCGAGCUGACACCUGCAGGCCGGGUUCAGGCCGAGGAGCUGGGCAGGGCCUUUCGCUGCAUGUACCCAGGAGGUCAAGCCGGUAACCGGCGGUCCCUUGGCUGUGAGUCCCCUAUUGACUUUGGGGACUAUGCCGGGUUUCCAGGAUGUGGCCUCCUGCGCCUGCACAGCACUUACCGCCAUGACCUGAAGAUUUAUGCUUCUGAUGAAGGAAGGGUGCAGAUGACAGCAGCUGCUUUUGCAAAGGGGCUGCUGGCUCUAGAAGGUGAGCUGACUCCGAUCCUGGUCCAGAUGGUGAAGAGUGCCAACAUGAACGGACUACUGGACAGCGACAGCGACUCUCUGACCGACUGCCAACAGAAGGUGAAGGCCGGGCUGCAUGAAAUCAUGCAGAGGGACCAGGAUUUCACAGAGGACGACUAUCAGAAGUUGGCGCCUACUGGCAGCCCAUCGCUGGUGAACUCGAUGAAGGUCAUCCAGAAUCCAGUCAAAACCUGUGACAAGGUUUACGCCCUCAUCCAGAGUCUUACCUCACAGAUCCGAAAGAGGCUCGAGGACCCAAAGUCUGCAGACUUGCAGCUUUACCACAGCGAGACACUGGAGCUGAUGCUGCAGCGCUGGUCCAAACUGGAGAGAGACUUUCGCAUGAAGAACGGACGCUACGACAUCAGCAAGAUCCCGGACAUCUACGACUGCAUCAAAUACGACUCCCAGCACAACGCCUCUGUGGGACUGGAGGACACGCUGGAGCUGUUCAGACUGUCCCGUGCCCUGGCUGACAUAGUCAUACCACAGGAGUAUGGCAUCACCAAAGCGGAGAAACUGGACAUCGCUCAGGCUUACUGUGUCCCUCUGAUGAAGAAGAUCCAGCUGGACCUUCAGAGGACCCACGAGGACGAGGCCGUCAACAAGCUGCACCCCCUGUAUUCUCGCGGUGUGAUGUCUCCAGGUCGUCACGUCCGCACGCGUCUUUACUUCACCAGCGAGAGUCACGUUCACUCCCUGCUCAGCGUCUGCCGCUACGGAGGCCUGCUGGAUGAGGAGAAGGACCAGCAGUGGAAACAGGCGAUGGAUUAUCUCAGUGCUGUGUCUGAACUCAACUACAUGACGCAGAUCGUCAUCAUGUUAUACGAGGACAAUAAUAAGGACCCCUCGUCAGAGGAGCGCUUCCACGUUGAGCUUCACUUCAGUCCAGGAGUCAAAGGAUGUGAAGACGAGGAGAACGUACCUCUCGGGUUUGGCUUCCGGCCAGCCUCAUCGGAGAAUGAAGACAAGAAGCCCAAUCAGGGCAGCCUGGAGGACCUCUGCCAGGACCAGACAGACCAGGCAAUCCCUAUCUCUGAGCCAAUCAACAUUCAGCGAAGAUCCCCCAUGAUACGCAGCCGCAAGACGGGCUCUAUGGAGGUCCUCUCUGAGACCUCCCCCACCCAGUCCACCAAAGGCUGCACCUCCCACCGACUCUUCCCCUCCGUGUCGCGCCAGUCUCCUGAGAUCAAACCAACCAGUGGCCUAGGCUCGCUCUGCUCUGGGCUCUUCAGUGCCUCCGCCCUUGGGGUGUCCUGUAGCGCCCCCAACCUGCGGGACUACGUCCGCACGCACCACCACCACCGAAAACCACCUCUGUCCCCCGGCAGCCUGCCGUGCCAGAUUGGCAUGUUUGAGCUGUUCUCUAUGCCUCCAGUAAAGAGAUUUUCUGUGUCGUUUGCCAGGCAUCCGACCAAUGGUUUUGAAGGCUGCUCCAUGGUGCCCUCCAUCUAUCCGCUGGAGACGCUGCACAACUCUCUCUCCCUGAAGCAGGUGGAUGAGUUCCUCAGCACGGUGUGUGAGAGCAGCAGCGAGGCCCACGCCAAGACCAUGAGAGCCCUCUCCAGCCUGUUUGACUCUCAGAGCCAGACGUCUCUGUACAGCCCUCAGCAGCCCCUGUCCUCGUCUGGAUCUGAAACAUCUCUCCGGCCACCCAGCCAGCCUCUGUGGCAUGGUAGCAUCCCCUCCAGUGCCGUCUCCAGUGCCGGCCCCUCCUCUCCGAUCACAGAGAGCUCCGGCCUCAACUUCAGCUUCAGUGAGUAGACAGUCAGUCUGAAAAAAACAGAGACUUCUGGGUAUACAAGGGCUUCUUCUGAAGACGUUGGUAUGUCUGUCUCUCCCUGCUUUGAUUCAUGUUUUCCUCCUGCUCACAUUCACACACUUAAAAAAAAAAAAAAAAAAAAAAAAAAAAACUGGUGAGGAGAUUCUGAUUCAGGAGGGAGAGGCCGUGCUGCCUCAGAUGUUAUGAAACACUCAAACUAUAAUAUAACCACUCAAACUGUGCAUGGACUCUUCAGGAGCACAGCAGCUACAACUCCACAAAUCUGAUCAACAAGAAAACAAGUGAAGAGGAAAACGCUUUGGACCCUUUGACAGCGUAACGCUCUCUACCCUCCUCUUCACUGUGACCACAUGUUCAUGAUCCAGCCGGUGCGGAGCCACAGUGUGUUAAGCCAACAUUCACACCAGUUGUGCCUCUAGUUUAAUGCAGAUGCUGCCUACGCUCAUACAACAUCAGUGCCUGCUGUUUUUCUUUUCUUUUCUGUUUCAGCCCAAAUGCUGUUUCACAAAAUAUGUCACGCACCAGCUGCCUAAAUCCUGAUCUCAGACAUGUUCCACUGUAAUAUAUCAGACUGUGAGUGAGUCAAAGUGUCAGCACUCAUUGAUUUGCAUUUGUUUUACUUCCCCUUUGCUCCACUGUGAAAAAAAGUAGCUUUUUUUUAAAUUCAAGUUAAAUUGAAUGACCACCUUCUCUCUCAUGUUUGGUUAUUUUUAUGUUUCAGUGUCUUGUUGCUGAAAGUUAAAGCUUCAAUGUAGAGUUUGACAUUUUUCACCAGGAGUUAAGAUGACCUGCUGCAUAUGAAACCACAGCCAGAAGCCUGUUAGCUUAGCACAAGGACUCUAAAACGGGGAAAGACAGCUAGCCUGGUUGUGUUCAUUGACAGGGAAGUCGUACUUUAAAAGAACACAAUCUAAUUUAGUUUGUUUUAUUUGUUAAAGAAAAAAAAAGUACAAUCUUUUUUGGCAGAAUCUUUAUUAUCACUUUGAAAAGAACAAAUCCUGCGCACUGUGCAAAAACAGAAGUAAAAAAUGUUUUUUUUCUGAAAGGGGUGUAAUGCUUCAUAAUGGGGCUUGAGAGUUGUUGGCAGAUUGUCGUUGGACAACAAAGACAGGUACCUUCUUCUGUAUUGGUCUUGUACGUGCUAAGCUAAGCUAACAAGCUUCUGGGUAUUGCUUCAUAUAAACAGAAAGUUGUAUCAAUCAUCUCCACUAACUCUUGGUUAAAAAGCAAACAACUAUAUUCCUUUGAGAUGAUGUACUCACAACUAAAUUCUGUACGUCUGUUUUUAGAAAAAUGCUUGAAAAAGUUGAAUAUGAAAAAUGUUAAGAACAGAGCCUUUUGUUUUCAAUUUUAUUUUGGGUCUUUUUUAUGCCUUUACUUAGAGACAGGACAGAACAGAGUCAGGAAUUGGGGAAGAGAGGGAAAGUGGGGAAUGACAUGCGGUGAAGGAGCCACACAGGUCGGAUUCAAACCUGGAGAACCACAGCCUCUGUACAUGGGGCACGCGUACUAACCACUAGGCAACCAGGGCCUGGAACAGAUCCUUUUUUAACUUAACUCUAACUUAUAACCAAAAAGCAGCGGCCGUACAUUGGACAUUGACAACAUAGUUA